UCUCUGUUUUUAUUCAACGAAUGUGGACUUGUUGGAAACCACAACAAUCUUUUCAGACUCUGGGUUGACACUCAUGCAUUCUUCGUUAUGUUAUCUUCUUUUUUACUUCAUGCCAAUACGGUGAAUGCGUCGGCAGAGCGGGCUACUGGUGGUCCGCAAAAGUCCUUCUCUGUUAGGACGGGGUUUAGAAGGAUGUAAGGACCAGCUACCUUUUUUCAACCAAAGUCUCCUGAUCAAAAUGCAGAAAGGAAUACGACUCAAUGAUGGCCAUGUUACCUUCCUUGGUCUUUUGGCAAAGAAGGAUGGCACGAGGCGAGGCUGUUUGAGCAAAAAGAGCUCUGACAAUACAAAAUGGCACACAAAGUGGUUUGCUAUAUUACAAAAUAUGCUGUUCUAUUUUGAGAGUGAGUCAAGCUCUCGACCCGCGGGAUUAUACCUGUUGGAGGGGUGCUUAUGUGAUAGGGCGCCGUCACCAAAAUAUUCACUAUCAGCCAAAGAGUGUUUAGAAAAGCAGUACUAUUUCACUGUCAGUUUCACCCAUGAGAACCAGAAAGCCCUGGAGCUUCGUACAGAGGAUGUAAAGGACUGUGAUGAAUGGGUGGCUGCAAUAACACAUGCAAGUUACAGGAACUUGGCCACUGAGCAUGAGGCGCUCAUGCAGAAGUACCUACAUUUACUUCAGAUUGUUGAGACAGAGAAAACGGUUGCUAAGCAACUUCGACAACAGAUAGAGGAUGGAGAAAUAGAAGUGGAACGCCUGAAAUCAGAGAUUAAUGGGCUACUCAAAGACAAUGAGAAGGUCCAGUCCAGCCCUACAGCAGCACCCAUAGACAACGACUCGGAAAUUCAGAAGAUCAAAAAAGUGCAGAGCUUCCUGCGAGGGUGGAUCUGCAGAAGGAAAUGGAAGACCAUCAUCCAGGACUAUAUCCGCUCUCCACACGCUGAGAGCAUGAGGAAGAGGAACCAGGUGGUGUUCAGCAUGCUGGAGGCGGAGGCCGAGUACGUCCAGCAGCUCCACAUCCUGGUCAACAACUUCCUGCGGCCGCUGCGCAUGGCCGCCAGCUCCAAGAAGCCUCCCAUCACCCAUGAUGACGUCAGCAGUAUCUUCCUUAACAGUGAAACAAUCAUGUUUCUGCAUCAGAUAUUCUAUCAGGGGCUAAAAGCAAGAAUAGCAAGCUGGCCAACGUUAGUUUUAGCUGACCUGUUUGACAUCCUGCUGCCCAUGCUAAACAUCUACCAGGAGUUUGUGCGUAACCACCAGUACAGCCUUCAGAUCCUGGCCCACUGCAAACAGAACAGGGACUUUGAUAAACUGCUGAAGCAGUAUGAAGCCAAGCCUGACUGUGAGGAGAGGACCCUGGAGACCUUUCUCACCUACCCUAUGUUCCAGAUCCCCCGUUAUAUCCUGACUCUCCAUGAGCUUCUGGCCCAUACGCCCCAUGAGCAUGUGGAGAGAAACAGUCUGAAUUAUGCCAAAUCAAAGCUGGAGGAACUAUCCAGAAUAAUGCAUGAUGAGGUGAGCGAGACAGAAAACAUCAGGAAGAACCUGGCAAUUGAGCGGAUGAUCGUAGAGGGUUGUGAAAUUCUCCUUGACACCAGCCAGACGUUUGUGAGACAAGGAUCUCUCAUCCAGGUACCUAUGAGUGAGAAGGGUAAGAUCACCCGUGGGCGACUCGGCUCUCUGUCUCUGAAGAAAGAGGGGGAGAGGCAGUGCUUCCUCUUCUCCAAGCAUUUAAUCAUCUGCACUAGAGGCUCCGGGGGAAAGUUGCACCUCACCAAGAAUGGAGUGGUCUCUCUUAUUGACUGCACUCUCAUGGAGGACCCUGAGGGGACAGAUGAUGAGGCCAAGUCAGACAAGAAUGGUCAGGACAUGGAGCACCUUGACUUCAAGGUGGUGGUGGAGCCCAAAGACAGCCAGUCUUUUACAGUCAUCUUGGUGGCCUCCUCAAGGCAGGAGAAAUCUGCCUGGACCAGUGACAUCAGCCAGUGCAUUGACAACAUUCGCUGCAACGGGCUAAUGAUGAAUGCCUUUGAGGAGAACUCCAAAGUCACUGUUCCACAGAUGAUAAAGUCAGACACCAGCCUGUACUGUGACGACGUGGACAUCCGCUUCAGUAAGAUGAUGAACUCCUGCAAGGUGCUGCAGAUUCGCUACGCCAGCGUGGAACGCCUGCUGGAGAGGCUGACAGACCUGCGCUUCCUCUCCAUCGACUUCCUCAACACCUUCCUGCACUCCUACCGCGUGUUCACCGGCGCUGACGUGGUGCUGGACAAACUCAUCACCAUCUACCGCAAGCCCAUCAGCGCCAUCCCAGCACGGUCUCUGGAGUUGUUCUUCGCCAGCAGUCAGAAUAACAAACUCCUGUAUGGAGAGCCCCCCAAGUCCCCCAGGGCCAGCCGUAAGUUCUCCCCCCCUCCCCUCGCCCUCGCCAAGACCUCGUCAGCGUCGCCCAACCGCCGGCGCAAGCUCUCCCUCAACAUCCCCAUCAUCACCGGUGGAAAGGCCCUGGACCUGGCAGCCCUCAGCUGCUCCUCAAACGGCUAUGCAAGCAUGUACUCCUCCAUGUCCCCCUUCAGUAAGACCACCCUAGACAUCAACAAGCUCUAUGUCACAAGCCCCGUCACCAGCAAGAUCCCUGACGAAGGAGAGGGCCAGGCAGACAAGACCGAGGAGACCUCAGAUCUCUCAGUGCGCGAGGAGAGUGACAAUGACCAAAACCAGAAUGAUGACGCAGAUCCGGAAACCUCUCCCAUCAAGUCACCAACCACCCCAAAAAAUGUCAAAUGCAAAAACUCUUCAGAGUUCUCACUUUUCUCAUACAACAAUGGCAUGGUGAUGUCAUCCAAUCGGGAGCUGGACAACAGCCGCAGUGCCCUGUCUGCAGCCUCCGCCUUUGCCAUCGCCACUGCAGGAGCCAAUGAGGGCACCCCUACCAAGGAGAAGUACAGACGCAUGUCCCUGGCCAGUUCAGGGUUCCCAACAGACCAGAGAAAUGGGGACAAAGAGUUUGUCAUCAGGAGAGCAGCAACCAACAGAGUCCUCAAUGUUCUGAGGCACUGGGUGUCCAAGCACUCACAGGACUUUGAGAGUAACAAUGAACUGAGGUCAAAGGUCAUUGCUUUCCUGGAGGAAGUGAUGCAUGAUCCUGAGCUAUUGACCCAGGAGAGAAAAGCUGCCGCCAACAUCAUCAGAACACUCACGCAAGAUGACCCUGGUGACAAUCAGAUCAGCCUAGAGGAGGUGAUACAGUUGGCUCAGGGAGGCACGGUAGAGCCGUUUGAGAACCAUUCUGCCCUGGAGAUAGCUGAGCAGCUCACUCUGCUGGACCAUCUGGUGUUCAAGGUCAUCCCUUAUGAAGAGUUCUUCGGUCAAGGCUGGAUGAAGAACAACAAAAAUGAGAAAACACCUUACAUAAUGAAAACAACAAAGCACUUCAACGAUAUCAGCAACCUCAUAGCUACAGAGAUCCUGCGCUGUGAAGAUGUGAAUACUCGGGUCGCGGUGAUGGAGAAGUGGGUGGCGGUAGCAGACAUCUGCCGCUGUCUCCAUAACUACAACGCCGUGCUAGAAAUCACCUCCUCCCUCAACCGUAGUUCUGUGUUCCGUCUCAAGAAGACUUGGCUCAAGGUGUCGAAGCAGACUAAGACGGUGAUUGACAAACUACAGAAGCUGGUUUCAUCAGAAGGGAGGUUCAAAAAUCUGAGGGAGGCUUUGAAAAAUUGUGACCCUCCGUGUGUGCCAUACCUGGGGAUGUACCUCACUGACUUGGCCUUCAUUGAGGAGGGCACACCCAAUUACACCGAAGACAACUUGGUGAACUUUUCCAAGAUGAGGAUGAUUUCUCAUAUCAUCAGAGAAAUAAGACAGUUUCAGCAAACAGCAUACAAGAUCGAUCAUCAGCCAAAGGCAGCACAGUAUUUACUGGAUAACAGCUCUGUUCUGGAUGAAGAAAGCCUGUAUGAAGCCUCUCUAAGAAUUGAGCCCAAAGUGCCCAACUAAUGAGAAUGACAGUGUCCCAAAGUCAACUUCUUAAAUAAACUAUAAAUUCCUAUCAUGUACAAUCAAUACAGAACUGUUUAUGUCAUGACUUACAUAUUUUGCACUUAUUUGUAUAUUUAUUUUUUAGUGGUAACCAAGAAAAUGUAUUUGUCUUAUAUUUUGGAAUAUACUAUUUUCCUCCAGACCAUUUUAUUAGGCUUCUAUUAUGACUGCGAGCAUAAAAGUAUUUUACAGUAGUGCGUUUUUGUGAUCAGUUACGUUGAUCUGCAUUUUUUCAUACUAUAGACUUUGAACUCUGUGAACACACAUAAGGGUGGGGUGUGCCUCUUAUGUAGCAUUGUAACACCGAUUAAUAUCAAACCAGGUAAAAGAUCACUGACAAUUAUUAUCUCAACUAAGAAUGUAUAUAGCUUGUCCAGUCAUGGUUUCCAGUCAAACCUGGUACACCUGAACACAGAACUUUUUUGAUAUCCACAAAGACAUGAGUUGUCUUCACAGGUUGUGACCCACAUGCGAAGUCCCUGGCUGUGGAAUAAUGCAAUUUUGUAGAUGAUGAACAUUUUUUAUGACAUUUCAGACAUCCAAACCUCUACUGUGCAAAACCAGUAAACCAAUAUUUCAUAGGAUAUGCUCUCAUUAAUGUAAUACCAUGUAAUAUUGUAAUAUCCCAGUAAUAAUAUCAUAUUAUAUUUAAAAUACAAGGGUACUUCCAGUGUGACAGUGGUUAAGGACGAAUAUUUGCUGCUUUUCUUAGAGCAUGCAUGGUAAUGAUUCAUUUACAUUUACACAAGAAGAUGUUCUUUUGCUUUGAUUUCAAAGUAAAUUGAGAACACACAAAGAAAAAUAAAUCACUCAUAUGUAUUUAUUUUCCAGGUUUGGUGAUAUUCAUAAAGUACAAAGUUGUUCUGCUAUUAUGUAAUUAAAAGGCAAUCUGUGUCCUUUUUUCUGUUCCAGUGAUUGUGGAACGUGACAGUUUAUCACUCUUUUCAAUGCAUUGUUGUUUAAAAAUGAAUGAGCUCCGCCUGCAGCACACCAAAGGUAUUUUUGUAGUAUAAGGGAGGACGAAUACACUUAAUAAGAACAUGGGGACCUAUUUUUUACUUUGCUGUUACUUCACCUAGUUGAUACUGUAUGUGCUGUACAUUUGUAUAUGCAUCCCAACAUAUUUCUUAAUCUGGAAUAAUGUACACCUUAGAAAUGCAUUGUGUUUAAAAUACAAAUACACAAUGCAACAAAAAGGGACAAAUUCCAAAGAUGAUUUAGAAGUUUAUCCAUGUGUUUAGCAUUGAUACUGUAAUCCUGUCUAUAGUCAGUUUUAUAGCAGGAAUAUAGUAUUGUAGUGCUUAUUCUGUGAAUAUUUGUAUGCAUUUUUUUUUCAUGUUCAGUCUAAAAACCUCUAAAGCUCAUGUGGCAGGCAUGCAACACUGUGUGGGUGUAAGAAUACUAAAAUACAAUAUAUGCUUCAUUCUGUAUACACAAUAUGUGCACAUAUAAAUGAUAGUAUACAAACGUUUUGCUGUUAGCAAUAUCCAGUGGUAUGAGAAUUAUAUUUCAACCCUUAUGUUUAUUUCAAAGGCUUAAGUAAUAUUUCCAAUUUUGUAAAAAAAAAUAAUAAUAAUAAUAAUAAAAUAAUAAUAAAUAAAAAUGUAUGUUUCCUGA